UCGAGCCAAGAGUUUUUGUUGCUCUCAGCAAGGCGAAGAUGAUCUCAGCUGACGGGACCAGCAAGCCUUUCUCUCGCACGGCAGAUGGCUAUGGUCGAGGAGAGGGCUGUGGAGUUGUGCUUCUCAAACUUCUGAAAAAAGCCAAAGAGCAUGGCCACAAAAUAUGGGGAAUCAUCAGCAAAACGAUCAACCGUCAACCAGGAUGGACACUGUGCCACGCCGAUCACCAAACCAUCCAUGGAUCAACAAGAGGAGCUGCUGAGACAAAUCUACUCAGACUCUGACAUUGCGAAUGUCCAGUACAUUGAAGCGCACGGGACAGGAACUACAGUUGGGGACCUGACAGAGAUGAGAAGCAUUUCAAAUGCCAUCGCCAAAAACAGAUCUUCUUAUUCAGAGACACUCCUGAUUGGGUCUGUAAAGGGCAACAUCGGACACACGGAAUCUGCAGCUGGAGUGGCCGGACUCAUUAAGGUACUUCUAAUGAUGAAGCAUGAGAUUAUUGUUCCCUCAGUUUUCUCCUCAGAAAACAGCACAAGUAUAGAUAUUAAAUCUCUACAUCUAAAUAGUCCAGUUAAAGUUCAAAGGUGGGAGACAAAUGGGUUACAGGGAAGGAUGGCAGGGAUCAACAGCUUUGGGUUUGGUGGUACAAAUGCACAUGUGAUUUUAAGAGAGUGUAAUCACACCACACUUACCACUCAGACACAAAUACAUUGUCCAAAUGUUUUUGUAUUAUCUGCAGCCAAAGAAAGAUCACUAAUCCUUACCAUGACUGACACUCAACAAAGACUCAGGAGUGAUCAAAGAGUUGACACACAGGCACUGCGCUACACCUCAGCCUGUGGAAGAAGUCAUUACAAACACAAAUAUAGGAAAAUCUUCCCAUCCUCCUCUCUGUCCGAGUUAGAACACAAUCUGAGCUCUACACUGAAAACAAAGGUUGAAUCAACAACAUUUAGCAUUCAGGUUGUCUUUGUGUUCUGUGGAAGUGGGGUUGCCUACAGGGGGAUGUGCAGGCACCUUAUGAGGAAGUUUGCUGUUUUCAGAGAAAAGGUCAGAGAAAUAGAGACUGUCUUCCAGAGAUACAAUACCACUGGUAUCAGUGAAGCACUGGCUGGUGAACCUGAAAACAAGGAUUUCAGGAAGCCAGAUGUGGCGCAGCCUCUUCUUUUUGCCAUGCAGGUUGGCAUUGAAACUCUCCUGAAGCACUGGGGCGUCAAACCCGAUGCAACACUGGGCCACUCUGUUGGUGAGGUUGCCGCCGCUCACUGCUCAGGUCUUUUAUCCCUGGAGGAUGCUGUGAAAGUGCUGCACUACCGCAGUAUUCACCAGAGUAAAGUAUUAGAAGGAAAAAUGCUUGUAGUUGGCAAUGUAAAUGUGAAAAGGAUAGUGGAUAUUCUUCCAGUCUUCUCUGGAAAAGCGUGUAUUGCUGCUUUCAACAGCCCUGUGUCAUGCACUCUUUCAGGGGAUGCAGAGGCUGUAGACGACCUUCAUAAGAGGCUGAAAAGCAUGUUUUCAGAUCAAAAUGUUUUCCUUCAUGUCUUAGAUGUUCCAGCAGCAUAUCACAGCCACAUCAUGGAUCCAGUAAUGGAUGAUAUUGAAAAAGGUAUCAAUGUCUUGGAAGCCAACAACAUGAAGUGUGAACUCUUUUCAACUGUAACUGGAGGAAAGUAUUCAGAUGGUGAUUUUACUUCAGGCAGAUACUGGGUGAAGAACACGAGAGACCCAGUUUUGUUUGAAAAAGCAAUAACAGCUGUCAUCAGAGACAAACCAUCGAGGGGUAAAAUGGUCUUUGUAGAGAUUGGACCUCGUAGAGCUCUUUAUAGAAACUUUUGUGAGACUCUUGGAGCUGACACUGAAGUUCUGUCUUCUGCUGAUUCAAAUGACGAUUGCAACAUAACCCUCCCAACAGUGGCAAAACUGUUUGAACUUGGAGUUAAUGUUAACUGGCACCAGCUUUACAAGGGUUGUGAGGCAUUGCUCACGCCUCUUCCAGUUUAUCAGUUUGACAACACCAAGAGGAAGCUGAACUUUGAAGCCUUGAGAAAAGGUCAGGAGUUUUCUCCUGUUGAACCACAUCUGCUCAUACAUCAAAUAAAACACAAUAAAGACUUUGUGUGCACUAUCUCUGCAGAGAAGGAACCAUAUCUUUGGGAGCAUAAAGUCAACCAUGUUCCCAUCAUGCCUGGUGCAUUUUAUGUUGAGUUGGUGUUUGCCUCAGUGAUGAUGAACUUGAAGCUAAAGAUUCCUGUUUCCCAGCUCCAUCUCAGUGUUCGAUUUGAGAGCGUGCUCACACUCAAUUCCAAUUGCCAAAAGUUGAGGGUGAUUCUUGAGCACAAAGAUAAAGAAGUCUCUUUCAAAAUACAGUCUGCUGCUGCGACACAUGCCUCUGGUACAUACAGGUGUACAGAGAGUCAGUUUCUACUAGAGGAAUCAAAAAUUUGUGUUGAUGUGGUAAAUCAACGGUGCAAAUUGAUUUUAAAGAGAGAAGAGAUUUACUCUUUUCUUGCUCUGGCAGGAUUUCAGUACGGGCCGUUAUUCAAACAGCUUGACUGUGUGUGCAUUGGAAGUGAAUUCAAGGAAGCUGUGACUGUGAUUCGAGUCCCUGGUGAACUUCUCAAACAUCUCCAUGAGUAUUAUAUUCACCCUGUGCUACUGGACUAUUUUCCCCAAAUGACUGCUGUGCUAGCAAUGGGAUACAUGACAGCAAGGCAAGGAUUCCCCUCAGGUAUCGGGAGCAUUACCAUAUCAGGCCCUCUACAGGAGGAAAUGAUCAUAUACAUGAAAGCCACCCAGCAGGGCCCAGAUUACCUGGAUGUGUGUGGUUGCUUUUCGUCCCCACGGGGGGAUGUUUUGGUGGAACUCAAAGGGGUGAGAAUUUCAUUUUUGCGAGGCUCCUCCAAUGUUCCUCAGUCAUUGUUCUUCCACGAUGAAACAAGUGAAAUAGCUGUGGAGCGACACUUGUAUACUUGCAAAAUGAAGGCAAUUGUGUUUGAGGAUAAUCUUGGCAUUGCUAGAAGACUCAGGCCUCAUGUAUCCCCAGAGUCAAUCUUUGUGGAGAGAAAACAAGACGGGAAAGCAGACCAAAUUCGAGAGUUUGUGCUUGAGUCACUUAGAAAUAAUGUGGAUAUUGAAAACAUCCUUUUCAUUUGGGGUGUGGAGGACCUCAGCCAUCUGUCAUGUGAACAGGUCCUGGAUGGUUUGGUGACUUGCUGCGACAUAUUUUGCCAGACAGUCUUAGGACUGAAAGAGAGCAAGCAUCUUUGUAUUGUUCAUGUGAUAACUUACAGAUCUACAGGGAAGACUGCGGACCACGUUAACUCCGGUUUCGUGCUUUCUGGUAUGUUGAGGGCUUGUGCAGCUGAGAUGCCAAGUAUUGGAACUCAGGGGUGAAAUGGCUAGAGUGAAGAACGACAUUUGUGAAAAUCUGGACAAAUGCAUUGAACGAGUGUACAUUGACCUGAGAGGAGAGAUAACCAAUGCUAAAAAUGACGUUCAGGCAUCAAUUGCCAAUCUCGAAGCUAAAUCCAACGCUUUACAAAGUAAAGUUACAGACAUCGAGGAAGCUACUACCAGUCCUUCAGAUAGCAUUAGCCAGCUGGAGCAACAAGUGAACAAUGUGAAGACUAUAAAGGCAGAUCGCGGAGAAACAACAUCCGGAUUAUCCGCGAAGGGCUGGAAAUGCCUAAACCAUGGGACUUUAUGGCCUCACUGCUGAAAGAUGUGCUCGCUCUGACAGAGACACCACUCACUGACAGAGCCCACAGGGCUCUCCGUCAGCAGCCAGAGUCCUCCGAACCUCCGCGGCCCUUCAUAAUACAGCUUCAUUACUACCAUAGUGCUCAUUUACAACUAACUGUUUAUUAAACACAUCUGGGAUUAGUUUAUUCUGGGGUUAUUUACGCCCCCGAUUGACCAGUGAUCUCUCGUGAAUUACAUUUCUUCUCCGUUGUUAGCACGUUAGCGACCUUGACGACCUUGACGACCUUGACGAGCUAUUGUGGACUGUUCAUGCCACUAUGUUUAUUGGUCUGAUGUCAACGUUCUCACUCUGUUCUGUCUGUGGACUGUUUAUAUAGACACUACACUGUGA